UUAUUUUCAGAUGUGCACGCCGAUCCAUGCUUCUACGCUUUGGGUAGCUCCAAUGGGGUCAUCAGCUCCAGUACAACCAACAACUACUCCAUGUACAAUUGCACGUGGAUUAUUACAGCAGAAUCUAACCACACUGUCAAGUUGACCUUUACCACAUUUAAUCUCUUUGAUUAUUCGAUCUAUAGGAGCGAAAUUAAAGUCUUUGAUGGAAAAAGUAAGAAUGAUACGUUGCUGGGUAUUUUUAGUGGAUCUAGACGCCAAUUCGUCGUACAAACAAGUGGUAAAUUCAUGAUGUUAACCUUUAAAAGGUAUCAUGAACUUGGAUUUUUUAACUUCGAGGGAGUCUACUCUUCAGCCUCAAUAAAAGGUGAGCUAUAUGUACCAAGGAAACAAUUCAAAACUUUUCGAAGAAAAUUCUCAGAGUGAAUUAUGAUAAGACCUCAUUGGUUAGAAUAGUUAAGCUAUAACUUAUUAUUUUAUAAUCAUCGAGAAGCUCCCAAUAAUAACGUCCAAUUUCAGUCUUCUAUAUAGGUAGAUAAAUAAAGAAUGUCUCCCCUACAAGACCUUGUAAGAGGGCCUAGUGAAAGAACAAAUGUUUCCUAAUAUUUCGUACAGAAAUACCUUAUCUAUCUAUUCUUAUGUCUAGAAAAUUCCAUCACUGUUCUUUAAUUCGCGCUCACCGCAAUGAAAUAAUUAUCCGAGAUUAGAGCGGACAUAACGGACACGGAUAACGGAUAACGGACAUCCAGAACAUUGUUCUCCAAAAGCACAAAGGGAAUCCUAGGAUACAACUCAUUUACGUCGAGGUAUUGACAACUGAAUAAAGCUAAGUUUUUUUAACUUAGGUUGUCUUCUCAGAAUAUCUUUAAAAACCUCUGGUAAUAUAUUGUUGUAAAUAAUAUUUUAAGUCGUAUUUCAAGGAAUAGUUUUUCUGUGGUAUAACACAGAAUCAAUUAAUGAAAGCUAAUGAAACAACUUGUUUUUAGGUAAGAAAAAAAAAUUAGUGUAAAGCUUUUAACCCUGACUAAGAAAAAAUGCCGGUCAUCCAGACCCUGAGAUAAGAGGGGGGCCCAGAAUCCAAAAAAAUUUUUUAGGUCCUAUGGGCCUCAUUUUAGUCGAAAAAUAAGGGGGGGCCCGGGACCCCCGGCCCCUCCCCUGGAUCCGCCACUAAAAUAAAAUGAACAUGCAAGGACACAUUACAAGUAUAAAUGAAAACAUUAGCUUUAUCUGGUAAAUUGUCAAAAACAGACUUGCAAGUAAAAGGUAAAUAGAUUAUAAAAAUAUAUCGGUGAUGCGUGUCAGAAGAAUAUAUGCUUCUGUGCGUGUACAAUGCGACUAGAAUAGACCUGCAUAAUUAUAGUUGUAUUCGUUUCCCACAAUAUCUUUAUUGAAGCUUUAUUGAAACGUUUUUAGGCUGAUUUAGCAACAAAACGGAAACGUCAUUUGACGACGGCGCGUGCAAAUCAAACAAAUGGCUUGACCAACACCGCGGCAAAACGCAAUGCGCAUGAGCACAAAAUUUAAUAUCCGGUCAGCUUUUUAUUUCCGGUCUAGUAUAUAAACCAAUAGCGUAAGUAUAACUUUGCCGUCGCGCCAAGUUUAAAAGCAAAAAGGGCGAAACAGACAGAAAAGGGGGCCAAAAAAAUCACUUCAUUCGAAAGCUUAUAUAUUUUUCUAUUCUCAAACUUUUGCACCACAUGGUUAUCUGUUUGCACCAACGGUGAAAAUGAUGUUUGAAGUUUGCAGGUCGCGAGCGCUCGACAAGACGAAUUUGUUUUUACUGGCUUUCUUGCAUGCUACUGGUUUGGCAUAAGUUAAUUUGGGAGAAGGCGACAACUAAGAAAAGAAUAACAAUACUUAUGAAAGAAACCAAAAUAAAGACGUCAUCAUUAUCAUAAAAAACACUAAAACCAGGAAAUAAAAUUUUAGCCCGUUCAAUAAUUUGUUUUAUUAUCAGAGAAAACAAGAACCCAAAACAAAAGAUGGGCGGGAUUUAAUAACAACUUUGACUUUGAUGACUGCAGUCACCGGGAAACUAAACAUGCCUAUAAAUGACUUUCAUUCAAGAAAAUGCCUAUUUAAUUCUUUUACAUGGUUGUUCUUUUGUUGAAGACUUCAAUAAUUUCAGACUGUGCGGUUCGGCUGCAUCUCGUGCAAACACGAAACUUCUAGCUGCUAAAUACAUGGCAUGAAAAGUUCGACUUCUAAAAGCCACUGAACCAGCUUUCGCUCUCUGAUUCUGAGAAUGGAAAAAUAAAUAAAUAGAGUUGUCAACUUGCUGCCAACCGGCUCGACAGUAUAAUUAAGCUUAUGUUUCAUGGCAAUCAACCCAGAAGAGCUUCGUUUUAAAACACGGUAAAACCCACUGGUAAACAAAACUACAAAGCGAUUGUGUGUUGUCGUUUUUCCAAAUGAAUCGGCUUUAACACAUGUAGACUGAGAAACUGAAGAACUGAAAAUUAGAACUACAAUACACAAGCUUGCAAUGAUAACGUUUUAA